CGACCGGGGCUCAGUUUUUGACUGGGACCACCAUUUCACCAAUUCAUUCACCUUAAAGCUUCUUUUCUUUAACGUCAAGCUCCUGAAACUACUUCAUUCAACGAAACAGGAGAGACAGAGAAGAGAGAGAUAGGAAGAGAGAAGAGAGAAGAGAGAGAAAGAUGUGGAUAUUCUAUCUGAUCUCGCUGCCUCUGACGUUGGGCAUGGUGAUCCUGACGCUGAGGUACUUCAAAGGUCCCGAUGUGCCUCUCUACGUCCUCUUCACCGUCGGAUACACCUGGUUCUGUUCUCUCUCCAUCAUCGUCCUCGUCCCUGACGACAUUUGGACGGCACUUAAUAGUCAGCCCAAUGGAGGAAUCUCUUUCUUUUGGAGCUGGUCUUAUUGGAGUACUUUUUUACUUACUUGGGCUGUGGUGCCUAUAAUUCAGGGUUAUGAAGAUGCUGGGGACUUCACAGUGACAGAAAGAUUGAAGACUAGUGUACAUGUGAACUUAGUCUUCUACCUGUGUGUAGGUUCGGUCGCACUUUUUGGACUUAUACUGCUCAUCAUGUUGCAUAAAAACUGGAAUAAUAAUCUUCUUGGUUUCGCCAUGGGUUGUUCAAAUACUUUUGGACUAGUUACUGGUGCAUUUCUUCUUGGCUUUGGAUUGAGUGAAAUUCCGAAGGGUAUUUGGAAAAACGCUGAUUGGACCACUCGUCAAAAGAUUCUCUCUCAUAAAGUGGCUAAAAUGGCUGUAAAACUUGAUGAUGCUCAUCAAGAAUUUUCAAAUGCUAUUGUAGUUGCUCAAGCAACGUCAAAGCAAAUGUCCAAGCGUGAUCCUUUGCGACCAUACAUGAAUAUUAUUGACAAUAUGUUGCUUCAGAUGUUCAGAGAAGACCCCUCUUUCAAACCACAAGGUGGAAGAUUAGGUGAAAAUGAUAUGGAUUAUGACACCGAUGAAAAAUCAAUGGCGACUCUUAGGCGUCAACUUAGGAGAGCUCAAGAGGAAUACUACCGAUAUAGAAGUGAAUACAUGAAUUUUGUUACUGAGGCCCUUGAGCUGGAAGACACCAUGAAGAAUUAUGAUCGUCGCGAUGCGACUGGAUGGAAUGCAGGGAACCUAUUUGACAUGCGUUCAUACUGUAUCGUCCCUGCACAGUUAUUUUAUCUUUUUUGGAAAUUUAUCUCAAGCUUCAGGCCUGAACGUAGGGGCAAACUUGGAUCUCUUUUUGAUAUGACUGAGUUGGUUUGGCGGUGUGUACUAAGGAAGCAACUUAAGAAACUAUUGGCCAUUAUGUUGGGUUGCAUGUCAGUUGCUAUUCUUCUGGCUGAGGCUACUUUACUUCCUAGUGGAGUUGAUUUAUCUCUAUUCUCCAUUCUUAUAAACACAGUAAGGAAUCAAGAGGGGCUCCUGCAGAUAGCUGCGUUCGUUCCUCUGAUGUAUAUGUGUGUGUGCACAUAUUAUUCCUUAUUCAAAAUUGGAAUGUUGACGUUUUACUCACUGACGCCAAGACAAACGAGUUCUGUCAGCUUGCUUAUGAUAUGCUCGAUGGUUGCAAGAUAUGCGCCUCCAAUUUCGUACAACUUCCUCAAUCUUAUUAGUCUUGGCAAGGAUGCCAAGAAGACUAUCUUUGAACAGAGAAUGGGGAAUAUCGAUCAUGCUGUUCCUUUCUUUGGCAAAGGAUUCAAUAAAAUCUAUCCACUUAUCAUGGUUAUGUACACAAUAUUGAUUGCAAGCAAUUUUUUUGAUCGGGUCAUUAAUUAUUUUGGAAACUGGAAGAUAUUCAGCUUCCAAAGCGAAUCUGAUGAUAUAGAUGGAUUCAAUCCAUCAGGAUUAAUUAUUUUGCAGAAAGAACGGUCUUGGCUUGAACAAGGACAUAAAGUUGGUGAACUUGUUAUUCCAUUAGCAAGGAAUUUCAACAGCGUGAGUAUGGAUCUCGAGACUAGCAGCAAUAGCACGGUUGCUGUUGAAAUGGAAGGGACAACUGGUUUGAUGGACGAUGGAAAAAGAGGUUAUUCAAAACUUUCAAGAGCAGAGCCCGAACAUGAAACUAGCAGAGAAGCCAUCAGCAGAAAGUACACAGCAAUAAGGUCACAACAGGGUAAACAGGAGACCAAUUUAAAUUCGACAGGGAAAAACUUAGCCCCCUCCACAGCCUCUUUAUCUGAAACAGGCAACUCUCAGAACAUGGCAGUUGAACCAUCUUCUGGAUUAGCCUCAACGUGGCAAUCAAUGAAGACAGGUUUUAAAAAUCUGAAGUCUAAUAUAGAGGCCAAGAAAUUCCUUCCUUUACCACAGGUUCAGGAUAAACACUCGAGAGUUUCAUCAUCUGAAUCCCUUGAUGAAAUAUUCCAGAGAUUGCAACAUCCAACUGUAGACCGUAGGAAUUAUGCUGCUGAUGAUUAUGAUAUUGAUGAUCAUUCAAUGGACAUCAGGAAGCCAGGGCCCACCAGAUGACAGAUACUUCACACUUCCACAGGAAACAGUUGAUUAGAAGUGGUGAAAAUUCUGCAAGUGGUUGUAGAUUUUGUUUCAGAAUACCUACAAGAUGUGCAGAUUCUGCAGAUGUUUCGAUGCUGCCAAUCAAUCCACCAAAAAAAUUUCCCACUCAGAAAAGCCUACAGCCGGCAAGAGGGGCAUACAGUUAAAACUAUACACGGGCAUCACUUGUAUACAACAAAAAACAGCCUAUGAUUUGAAUUAUAUUAAUUUGUAGUUAUUCAUGAAAAAUAUAUAUAUAUUGUAGACCAAAGCUUGUAAUUGUUACCAUUGAAUGCUGCAUUGAAUUCGUAAGGAUGCAAAUGAAAAUAUUUGUUCAAUGAAUAUAAUGCUUUUUUUCUUCUAAAAA